ACAUCAGAUCUCACCUACGAACGCCUCGAAUUCCUCGGAGACGCCUACAUUGAACUCUUCGCCUCGCGCCUCAUUUACGAAUCCUACUCCCACCUCCCCGCCGGCCGCAUGUCGCAAGUCCGCGAACUGUUAGUCAAAAAUGAAACUUUGGCAGAAUUGUCGCGAAGGUAUGGAUUUGAUCAGAAUAUAGCCGUGGGAGCGGAAAUUGGGGAGUUGUUGAGGGAUAGUCGUGGGAGGGGGAAUAAGGGGUAUAAUAAAAUCGUGGGAGAUGUGUUUGAGGCGUAUGUCGCUGCUGUGGUGUUGAGUGAUUUUGAAGGAAGAGGGUUUGAAAAGGCGGAAGGGUGGUGUAGAGAUUUGUGGGAGGCGAAAUUGGAG